AUGUUCAGUCAAAUGGAUGUUGCGGCGCCUCCAGAGAGCAACGGCUGCCUCACCUUCCGGAAGUGCUUCGAGAUAGGGUACUCUUCAGCACUGAAGGAAAAGCAGCAGUUCCCGUUGCCGUUCGAGCGGAACGAUAACCUGUCAGCUACUCGACCUGAUGUGUCGUUGAACUCUGCGAAGUCAUUAGCUCAGCGGCUAACUCCAAGUGGGGGAUCAAUUUACUCCAACCAUAGUCAUGACCGACUCCAUCCACGUUCAUUCAGAGCUCAGAAGCACCGGUCUCGAUCGUCGCACUGCUUACUGUCAUUUACACGGAAGUUCGCGGUGCCAGCUGUAGCUGCUAGCCGAUCCAGUCCCUAUGUCGGAUAUUUUUUGAAGCAUGGAAAGAGACCUGUUGAAGGAGAUAAGGUCUCCAACUCGCAGUCUACGACGGUAGCACGUAUGUCUACUGUAGCGAUGGGAGCUGCUGAACGCUUUCUUAGCUGGAUGCUCCUGACUCCGUCGGGGUUGCCGUACGCUGAGAUGGCGAAGAUACACCACAGGGUUCAUAGCCGACGACAACAUACGUGUACGAACUCUAUAUUGAAAAAGAGCAACUCGUGUAAGAAGGCUCAGCGAGUGAGCUACUCCUCAGAGACUCGAAAGAUCUAUGGUAUUGACUCGUAUGUCAAUGGGCGGCUCCCACCGGAUGCAGCUUUUCGCGGUUCUCGUUUCUAACAUAUCUUCGGCCAGUACUUCUUUUUUGCCUGCUGAUUCCCCUGCACAUCGUGCCCAGGUUUGGGGUAGGCAGCACUUCUGACUCCGAUCAUUAUACCAUGGGGAAUUUUCCAA